ACGGCACCAAACCAUGAGGAAGACCUCGAAGACAGGAAGGUAACAGAGGACGAAGGAUUUCACAAGCAGCUGUGCGCACAGAACGAUCAACAAUAUCUGCUGUGAUAACGACUGAAUGGCUGCUGUCAAACACUGAAGCUCAAGAAACACCCGGAGGUUGUUCUGAUCCUCCUCAUUUUGCUCCAGUCCAAUCCGGAUCUCCAGUCCAGCUGCGCCGUCCUUCAGCCAGUUGGUUUCUCUGUGACGAUGGCUACCACCUCACCCAAAGACAAAUAUUUGGCCGUGUGGGUGAUCUUCUUCAUGCUUGGUCUGGGAACAUUGCUGCCCUGGAACUUCUUCAUGACUGCUACCAUGUACUUCAGGAAUCGUCUGAAGGACCCUUUGCCCACUGAGGUUUCAGCCAAUCAGACUGAAGCAGCAGGUCAACAUCAAAGUGUUCUACAGACCAAAUUCAACAAUGUGAUGACGCUCUGCGCCAUGUUGCCUCUGCUGCUGUGCACCUGCCUCACCUCCUUCCUGCACGCCCUCGUUCCUCAGCGCCUGCGUGUGAUGGGAAGCCUCUUCAUCAUCAUGUUUGUCUUCAUCAUCACUGCUGUCCUUGUCAAAGUUCCUCUGGAGCCGCUGCCUUUCUUCUCCAUAACCAUGGUGAAGAUAAUCAUCAUCAACUCGUUUGGGGCGGUGCUGCAGGGCAGUCUGUUUGGGAUGGCCGGUUUGCUUCCAGCUUCGUACACCACUCCCAUCAUGAGCGGCCAAGGACUCGCCGGAACCUUCGCUGCCACUUCUAUGAUCUGUGCCAUUGCAAGUGGUUCUGAGCUGGAGGACGCAGCAUUCGGUUAUUUCAUCGUGGCCUGUGUUGUCAUUUUCCUGUCCAUCUUGUCCUACGUCUUACUGCCCAAACUGACAUUUUUCCAGUUUUAUCAAGAAAGGAACAGAAAACAAAGAUCAGAUGAUGAGCAGAAUGCCGUCACUCUGAUGAACGCAGAGAAUAAAGAUGCUGCAGCAGAUGAGAAACAACAAAGCAUCUCCAUGAUGAAGAUCUUUCAGAAGAUUUGGAUCCUGGCAUCGUCGGUCUGCUUCAUCUUCACCGUCACCAUCGGCACUUUUCCCGCCAUCACUGCCGACACGCGAUCCACGCUGGCCGACGGAGGGACCUGGGAGCGCUACUUCGUCCCCGUCAGCUGCUUCCUGCUCUUCAACCUGAGCGACUGGACUGGGCGGAGCCUGACCGCCGUCUGCAUGUGGCCAGGUAAAGACAGCCGGGUGCUGCCGGCGGCCAUCUUGGCUCGCGUUGUCUUCGUACCUCUCUUCAUGCUGUGCAACGUUCAGCCCCGCCUCCAUCUGCCCGUCUUCUUCCAUCACGACGGCUUCUUCAUCGCCUUCAUGCUCCUCUUCGCCUUCAGCAACGGCUACCUGGCCAGCCUCUGCAUGUGCUACGGACCGAAGAACGUCCUUCCUCACGAAGCAGAAACCGCUGGAGCCAUCAUGGCGUUCUUCCUGGCUCUGGGAUUGGCUGCCGGAGCCGCCAUCUCCUUCCUGUUCAGAGCACUGGUCUGACUGGGACCCUGUACUGGUCUGACUGGGACCCCUUCAUUUUAGCAUCUAAAGAGUAGCACAUAUUUAAAUCUACUGGAGUUUACUAAGUGUUUUAAAUGGAAAUAAAAUGUAAAAAAUCAGAUUAAAAACUAAAAAUGAAUCAAAUCCAUGAAACUGACAGGACGUUUGGACAAGAGUUGAGACGGUUCUAGUUAUAAAGAAUUUAAUUUCAUGUCAGUGUAACCCCCAUAAACUCUGCUGGUCUGUCUCUA